AUUUUCCUCCGAUUUACAACAGGUCACUCUUGAAGGCAACAUUCAGUGAUUACAAACAUAGUAAAUAAAGCACUCCAUAUUUAUAUCAAGAAAGGAAAUCCUAGACUACAGGUUAUGAUUAUAUAUUUUUUUAUAUCUUGCUGCAAGUGUGGAAAAUUCAGUUUUCCUUUCACUUUAUUUAAUGUGUUUCAAAUUUCAAUCUCUAUUUAAAUUACUGUGAAGGUGGUUAUUUAUGCAGGGGGUUAAGUAUGUGUUUUUCCAUGUCCAACAUUAUGCGGGGGGGGAGGGGGGGGGAUAUUCAGUAACUGAAUAUAAUAUAUAAAUUUAUAUCAAAUAUUUAUAACUAUACACGUGGGGGGUGACAGCAUAAUUAGUGUCAAUUUCUAUUAUGUGUAAAUAACCACUUUUACAGUAUUCACUUGUUUUAUUUGGUAACACCCACAUUAUCUUUUGGCCAAUAGUUUUCUUAUGUUCAAAAUCCUAUUUAAAGCCAUGCAGCAGACAUUUUUGAGAAGUGAGGUCGUUUGUCUUGCUAGUUUUUCAUAUGGAAAUCCCUUAUGUCUAUCUGUGUUUUGUCCCAUUGUCUUUGUCCUUUUUUCCAUUUUAGAUAAUCGAUAUUAUUAUCUGGUUUUAUGGAUUUUCCUGCUAAAAGUUUGUUUUACAUAAUAGGCCUUAGGAGUGUGUAUUCAUUGUUGUACUGAUAAUAAAAUAGUGAAGUGUUGUGAACCUUAUUUCUAGUAUAUUUCCUGCUACACUAGUAAUCUAUAAAAUAAAAAAAACGGAGCAUCACUAUAAAAUAAAACAAAAAAAGAAGAGAGAAAAAAAAAACCAGAGCAUCAAAUGCCUAUGAUACAUGUUGCAUAUUUUCAAAGGGUGGUGGGGACUUGGAUUUGCUGUGUAUGCAUGCACACUGUAACAGACUUGUAUCAAUCACUAGUCAACUUAGGAGUUCUUAUCUUACAUUUUUACUGUUUCAUCAACUUGCAUUCAACACAGUACUGUUAUGAAGGUUACUGUUGCAACAGCGGGAGAAGGCAUAUUAACACUUAAAUUACACGCGAUACAAUACCUGAAAACAUUAGAAUUAUUUUUAUCCACAGUGAGGGCUAGUCUUUACUUUAUAUGUUUAUGUUUUUAGUGCAUAUACCAAUUAUUUACAGACAAAUGCACAACUGAUGAUGAUAAGACAUACUUAAAAGAGGCCCACAAGCCAUAUCGGUCACCUACCCCGAGGUCUGAUGGCCGUAUGGAGUUGCUGGGUCUUUACCACCAUUGUGAUUUGGUUCGCUGUCUUUCUCACCUGCUUCAUGCCGAUCAAGAAAGAAUCGUCCGGAUUGUCCUCAGUAAAUGAUGUUCAACAGCAGACGGAGGACUUUGUACACGGUGCUGUUCCACUGAGACGCCAGUUCAACAAAACUGUUAUCGUCCUGGUUGAUGCCCUUCGAGCUGAUUUCAUACUGGGCUCAGACACACCAAUGUUAAUGACAAAGGAACUCAUCUCUCAAAAUUUAGCCUUUGUGGCAAAAGCUCAUACUCCGACAGUGACCUUGCCAAGGGUCAAGGCGCUUGUGACUGGAAGUGUUCCAGGAUUUGUGGAUGUUGUUCUAAAUUUUGGCUCAGCAAAGUAUGAGGGGGAUAGCAUUUUGGCUCAGAUGAGCCAAGCCAAGCAGAGGGUAGUGUUUUACGGGGACAACACCUGGAUUAAACUUUUCUCAGACCAUUUCACUCGGUAUGAGGGCACCACCUCCUUCUUUGUUACUGAUUACACGGAGGUUGACAACAACGUGACCCGACACCUCCCAUCAGAGUUUGCCCAGGGAGACUUUGACCUAUUAAUCUUACACUACCUGGGAUUGGAUCAUAUUGGUCACAUGGCUGGACCAAGUAGUCCACUGGUCCCACCCAAACUCAGAGAAAUGGACGAGAUCAUCAACAUGAUCUACCAGUCACUGGCAAAGUUACAGGAUGAAGGUCUGCCUAAUCUGCUGAUUGUGUGCGGGGACCACGGGAUGAGUGACCAGGGCAGUCACGGUGGGGCCUCUUACAGUGAAACCAGGGUCCCCCUAGUGUUCCUGUCUACCAAAGGCCUCCACCAUUCAGGUGAUGGCACCAAGUCGGAGGUGGAUCAGAUUGACCUUGUUCCGACCUUGUCUGAGCUGCUGGGUCUGCCGAUACCUCAAAAUAACCUUGGUCGCCUCCUCCUGGAGGUGUUUGAGGAGUCGAGUCCUGAGGAGCAGCUAGCCUCACUUUUGAGGAACACCAUCCAGCUCCUCAACCUUCUGAAGGCCAAUCAACAGGAAGCUGAUACAGAAGUGACUGCUCUUUUUUUGACAACAUGUAAACUUCAUGCUGAAUUGCUAUCAAUAAAUUCAAGUGAAAGGAGUGAUGCAAUGGUCCAUCGGGUACUAACACAAUACAAUGAGGUCAUCACUAUGGCAACAAGCAACAUCACAAAGAACCUUACCACGUAUGAUAUGCCUGCUCUGAUUACCUGCAUCAUCUGUCUGUGGGCAGCGGUUUUUCUCCUGGUCCUGAGCAGACACAGUCCCCUCCCCUGGAUGGUUCUGAUCCAUGUGACUUCUACCAUGUACCUGCUUCAUCAUCUGACCAGAUCUCAGUCAGUGUGGCACUUCCUCAGCCCAGGAUACUUCACCUCAGUGUCAGCCCUUCUAGUAGUCGUACUUACCACUGCAUUCAGAAACAGAGAGUCGUUCCGAGGUUUAUUUCAGUGGAUUGGGACUGUGUGCGUAGAUGAUCCUGGAUCCCGGUGUGUGGCUCUUCUGAUAGUCGGGACAUUUCUCCACACUCUCAGCUUACUCUCCAGCAGCUUUGUGGAGGAGGAACACCAGACAUGGUACUUCCUAUCCACCUCCAUCCACAGUAUCCACUUUAUAUCACAGCUCUCCACCACCCAUCCACUUCCACUCUGUGAAAACACCCACCGUCAUUUGAACUCAUCGAAGAACCACCUUGAAAAUGGCACCACAUUUUACAUAGAUCCAAUGAAUUUGUUCACUUACAAGACCAGAAAGAUGGCACUGGAAGUCUUUGUCCUUCUGCUGACAGCCAGGUUGUCAAGGUCAUUGAACCAGACAGGAAACAAGUGGCUCCACCUACCAGACAUUGAAGACUGGCUUAUCCUAGAAGACAACAAGUGUUCCCUGUCAGUCCUGGUGGCAAUCUCUCUCUUUCUGACUCUAGUCAUCAUAUCCCAGCAGUUGUCAUGGUUACAGACUGCUAUCACCGCAACAGGCCUGUUUUGUGUUUUCUGGUUCCGAGCCUCCACCGGGGCUCUGAGCUUGCCUGUUAUUCCAGUGAUGGACAGGGGGAUACUUCCAGCCAGGUUGAGCUUCGUGUGCCUUGUGAUUCUGUUGAUAAGUCAGUUCACUCCCGUAAGUUUCUCUAGGACUGGAUUUACAAAUGUCUGCCUGACUGCAUGGACACUUCUCCAUGUCUUAUUGAUGAAAUCACACAACAUUAUACUGGUGGCCUUGAUGACAGUCCAACAGUAUGUGCUCAGUCAGAGUAAACUGGUUCUGUCACCCUCUGCUGCAGUGGUGUACUACAUGUGGAUGGGGCGGUCAGCAUUCUUCUCUCAAGGUAACUCUAACAGUAUAGCCACAGUGGAUGUGGGGGCGGGAUAUGUCGGUCAGCGAGAUUAUAAUGCUGUCCCAGUGGCGAUCCUACUAGCCCUAGCUACAUACGCCGGCCCUAUUUACUGGUUUCUUGCAUUCCUGACAAAACUCAACUCGCUGAGACCGAGUAAAAGAGAUCUCCACAAUAUUUUCAUCACCAUGGCAAUGGCCAUUGCACUUCCUGUCAUGAUGUAUGCUGGGUUUGUAGUGAUGGAGAGAUACCACCUGUUCGUGUGGACAGUGUUCCUUCCCAAACUGUUAUAUCUCGGCAUGGACCUGGUCAUCUAUAGCAUCCUGUCCAUCACACUAGUGGUGAUGUACCAUCUAAAGACAUAAUAUCCUGUUCCUCACUGUGGUGAUGAUGUACCUAAAGACGUAACAUCCUGUUCCUCACUGUUGUGAUGAUGUACCUAAAGACAUAACAUCCUGUUCCUCACUGUGGUGAUGAUGUAUCUAAAGACGUAACAUCCUGUUCCUCACUGUGGUGAUGAUGUAUCUAAAGACGUAACAUCCUGUUCCUCACUGUUGUGAUGAUGUACCUAAAGACAUAACAUCCUGUUCCUCACUGUGGUGAUGAUGUACCUAAAGACGUAACAUCCUGUUCCUCACUGUGGUGAUGAUGUAUCUAAAGACGUAACAUCCUGUUCCUCACUGUUGUGAUGAUGUACCUAAAGACAUAACAUCCUGUUCCUCACUGUGGUGAUGAUGUACCAUCUAAAGACAAAACAUCCUGUUCCUCACUGUGGUGAUGAUGUACCUAAAGACGUAACAUCCUGUUCCUCACUGUGGUGAUGAUGUAUCUAAAGACAUAACAUCCUGUUCCUCACUGUGGUGAUGAUGUACCAUCUAAAGACAAAACAUCCUGUUCCUCACUGUUGUGAUGAUGUACCUAAAGACAUAACAUCCUGUUCCUCACUGUGGUGAUGAUGUAUCUAAAGACAUAACAUCCUGUUCCUCACUGUGGUGAUGAUGUAUCAUCUAAAGACUUUGAGGCAUGUAAACCUACAAAAAAGCAACAAAACUAUUUGAUGAAGUGUUUAAGAGUAAAUCCGCCAGAAAAACCAUGCAAAAUACCAAAUAUCAUCCAAAAGGGUAGUCACAAGUCAAGAAUUUUUUGUUGCUUGAUAUUUUCUUUAUAUAUCUCAUUUGCAUAAUAGUACAAUUCAUAACAAAUUUAUGAGGAAUAUAUGCACAAUUUGGUUGACUUAUAACAAUGCAUUUAUUUUGAAAUUCUGUUUUUGUUAUAAAAAUAUGUUAUCAACAACACAAUAAAUACUGUA